CAUGGCACAGCAUGGCACAAUAUGGCACAAUAUGGCACAGCAUGGCACAAUAUGGCACCAUGUGGCACUGCAUGGCGCUGCGUGGCCCCGCUCAGCCCCUUCUCUUCCUUCUGCAGAACCGGAGUGGGACACACCGUGCUGCACUGCAGAUCUGCAGACAUCUCAACCCCCCCUGGAUCCUCCUGCGCUGCCCAACGGCUCGGAGCGGACCCCGUGGGGCGACGCCGAUGGCACCGCGGAGCCGGGCAGCAUCUUCGACACGGCACCGGCACGGCGUGGGCAGGUGGGAGCUCACCGUGGGGCGCCCCACAGCAGUGUGGGAUGCACACACCGUGACCCCGCAUCCCCUCUGCAGCCCCCCGGAGCUGCGCCUGCGCUGCAGCCCAUCGAGGUACGGUGCUGCCCUGCCCCACAGCCCCCCUGCGCCCUGCGGGGGGACACCAGGACGUGGUGCUCUGUGGGGUGACCUCGGGAAGUGGAGCCCUAUGGGGCCGUGCUGGGAUGCGCUGCUCUAUGGGGCGACGCUGGGAGGUGGCGCUGUGUGGGAUGGCUCUGGGAUGCUGUGUCCUAUGGGGUGGCUUUGUGGUGCUGUGCCCUAUGGGGUGACCCCAAUGUGCUGCCCUGUGGGGUGACCCCAAUGUGCUGCCCUAUGGGGUGACCCCAAUGCGCUGCCCUAUGGGGUGACCCCAAUGCGCU